CUCGCUUCCCAGACUCCAUGCUGGGGGCCAUGUUUAGGGCUGGCACACCCAUGCCUCCCAACCUCAACUCCCAGGGAGGUGGCCACUACUUCAUCGACCGAGAUGGCAAGGCUUUCCGGCAUGUCCUCAAUUUCCUCAGGCUGGGCCGUCUGGACCUGCCCCGAGGGUAUGGGGAGACAGCACUCCUCAGGGCAGAGGCAGACUUCUACCAGAUCCAGCCCCUCCUGGAUGCCCUGCGGGAACUGGAAGCCUCUCGGGGGUCCCCUGUACCUACAGCUGCCCUGCUCCACGCAGAUGUAGAUGCCAGCCCCCGCCUGGUGCACUUCUCUGCUCGCCGGGGCCCACACCACUAUGAGCUGAGCUCUGUCCAGGUGGAUAUCUUCCGAGCCAACCUCUUCUGCACUGACCCCGAGUGUUUGGGUGCCAUGCGGGCCCGAUUUGGGGUGGCGAAUGAGAACAGGGCAGAGGGAGGCCCACACUUCCGUCUGGAGUGGGCCCCCUGUCCUGCAGAACUCCCCGAAGUGGAGUAUAGGAGACUGGGCCUGCAACCACUGUGGACUGGGGGGCCAGGAGAGCUCCGGGAGGUGGUGGGCACGCCAGGCUUCCUGGAGGAGGUGCUACGGGUGGCUCUUGAACACGGCUUCCGUCUAGACUCCGUCUUCCCUGACCCUGAAGACUUGCUCAACUCACGCUCUCUGCGCUUUGUCCGGCACUGAGAACUGAAAACACUGCCCUCAGUUUGACUGUGUGUGGCAGGGGAGAGAAUGGGCAGCAAGGGGGAUGAAAGCUCCCCUAAAGCCCCUUCCUAGCUCUGCCUCUGGAGCUGUGAGAGUCAGGGGACCCACUGAACCUGACUGGAGCCCCGAUGUGGACAGGAAUCCCCAAAUCUUUACCCACUGAGGGCUCACAAGUGAUGUAAAGGUUCUGGACUAGUGCUAAUCCUGGGAAGGACAGGGAAGUUUCCCCUGGCUUGUUUUCACCUGACGCUGGGGACCACCAGUGUGUCCUUGGAGGGCACUCAGUAUUCAGGAGUCUGGACAAGUUGGAUUACCUCUCUGCCCAGGGUUGGCCUAGCCUUAGAGGGACACUGAGGUCUUGGAGAAACAGGGACUUGGGAUUGCUCUAAUGUGGUCUCCUGUACUGUGGUUUCUCCUUCUGGACCUGGGUGACCUGGCCUGGACUAACCAAUGAGAAGCCAGAAAACUUUGGUACCUGGGAAGGGUGAUUCUUUGCUGUGUCCCAAGCUACCUAUUGAGGGAGACAGAAAGGUUAUACCCCUCCCUAGGUUGACAUAAGGGAGCUAAGAGAAUUCCCAUUUACUAUGGGGCUGGAGUAUCCGUCUGUAGUUCAAGUGUUUUAAAGGAUCCCAGACUGAUGGUGGAGCUGGCCAUGGGGAGGUGGGUAGCAUCUCUUGGGCCUUGACCUUACUUCCUUUAUGUGUAGGUGUGUGUCAGCCAGUGUGUCUGAUUGACGUGUAGGUACCUGACAUCCUGGCUCCCGUGUGUGUUGCUGAAGAUGGUGUCUGUGUGUUGGUUGUUCUGUGGUUUCUGCAUGUCCAGGCCUGUUUGGGGUUGCUCAGCAACUGUUUGGCACUGGGUAUGUCUGUGGUACGGAUGUGAGUAGAUUGAGAAUUAGUAGUUGAAUCAUAAGGGGUGUGUGUGUGCACCCAUGUGCGUUCACAUCACCACGUAGGCAGGAGAGACCUGUGGAGUUUGAGUCACUAGGAUCUUCUUGGUGAGAGGUAAGAGAAGUCAGUGGGCUUAGCAGGGCCAUGGAGGUCUGGUUAGUACUCUUAGUUGCUAUGGCAAUCAUGGGGCCUGUUGCUAGGAGACAGUUGGGGAAGGUCCAAGGCUGCCCAGGGCAGAGGAGAGAUUGGGAGAGAGGGGGAGGAUAUGGGAAGGCAUGGGAUUUCUGGGUCCCUGAGGGGAUGGGAUAUUCAACGUGCAACUUCUUCACUGGCGGUGUAACUCAUUAUCACUGGUCAUGAUUUACAAGAAAAAUAAAAUUGCUUUUGGAACCACAAA